GCUAUGAUUAUAAUUUUUUUGUAUAAUACAACUGACAGAAAUAGCUUCUACCCUUUCAUUACUAUAUACACGUUCGUAGGCGUCAAGGGGUAACUUGCACAUGCAUGCGCAUAAUCUAGCACAGCAGACGACCUCUCUCUGGCGCGGCCAGCGCACGCGGAAGAAGGAAGGCUACGCCGGACUAGAUGCAUCUCGGGCAGUAAACAGGCUAUGUUAUCCGAUCGUAGUUGUAAGCGCGCUAUACAAUAGGAUAGAACGAGGGAUAGAGCAAUGCCACCGUCAUUCUCUGCAUAGUGUUGCAAUGCCAAGAACUACGUAGAUAGGUCUCGCUGCGCAGUUUCCCCGCGAGCGCAUUGGCAUAUAGCAGGGUAAUGCGAUUGGUGUUGGUGUACAUGGCACCUACACACCUAGCUAUGCAACCAGCAAUGCUGGGUACAGUAGCUCGACUGGCGUCGCCCUGGGCAUGCGCAAAGAGAGUCCAUAGAUACGCGUAGUUUCGAUGAGCAGUCUGCGUCGACCGUAGAGGAUCAUGCAGCACUGGCGGAUCGUUCUCUUUGGCCUGUACAUAUUACAUCAAGUGCCACUUUACUGCGAAGGUUUGGAAUUGACUCUAUCUGGUAUUGUUCUGGAAGGGACACAUGUUAAGAUCACUGAUAUUGGUCAGAGCACUGAGAGUGGUCUCAUCUGCUCAUUUACGUCGUCUAAAUACCAAAGUGGUUUCGGUUGGGAUCACAAACUCACACAAAACCAAAGGGGAGACAGGGAAUUGGAAAUAAAAGGAUGGUCGUCUAAAAGUGGGCACCAGAAUCGCCGUCAAUGGUUGACACUCUUUAGAACACCAGGCAGCAGAGCCGUGGAAGGAAUAUUUACUUGCAACACAAAUGAAAGCUCUGUCUCUGUCAACAUCUCUCACCCCAGUGAGUCUUAAUCUGUAACUACAUGCACGUCAAACAUUUUGAUGUCACAUCAUGAAAAAGAAGGCAGACGAGAAUAUGCCUACACCCAUACACUAACCUUUCAGAUAGGAACUAACUGGUUUACUCUCACAUAGGGAACCAUGGAAGGAAUUUUACUUGCAACACAGAUGAAGGCUCUGUCUCUGUCAACAUCUCUCACCCCAUCCUCAGUGUGGUAGUGACUUUCGAAGUAACAGACAAAAGAAAUGGAGUUUUCAAAGUCAAAUGUACUUCUACUGGCGGAGCAGUACUGACAAUGUCCAUCAGUGGGCCAUUGGGUAGGCAGGAAGACUUGGAUACCUCUGCAGUAGGCACACCUCAAAGGACAGGGAAUGACUCAUACUCUGCAGAGAUCCUUCUUCAAGGUGGUAAUAAUAGCGACACAUACAUCUGUUUUUCUUCCAAUAUAGUGUCCAACUCAUCUAGCAGUUCCUAUCUGAAAGUGUCUUCAAACCCUAUCAUACUUUCUGUAAAGCAGAAAUCAGCAAAGUCAGUGAUAGUGGAGUGGAGUCAGCCAUCAGGAGGAGCCACAGUGACUGCAUAUGUAGUACACUACAGUGAUGGAGUUGAUAAAAUGACUGAGGAUGUACCUGCACCUUCAACUAGCUCCUCCAUAACAAACCUUACUAACUGCCUUGAAUACACUUUUAUAGUCGAAGCAAUAUCAGAACACCUUUCCGGAGAGUCUGAUAUCCACACAAUUGCUUUAGGUGCCUCAGCACUUGCAGUGGACAUUAGACCAGAAGCUAUGAGUUCAACAUCCAUUAUAGUCCGAUGGACUGGUAUGGCGGCCUGCAAUAGUACCAGUCAGAUAGUCAAAUACAGGGUGAAGUACAAAGCAGAGUCCAGUGGUAUGCCACACAAUACUGUCAAUGAAACAAGAGAGGAAAUCUCACUGACUGGACUGGUACCCUACACACUUUACUCCGUUGAGGUGGCUGCAAUGAAUGAAGAGGGAGAAUUCGUCCCCUAUUGCCCCUCAAUUACAGUGGAAACAUUUGAAGAUAUUCCAGGUCCAGUAGGUGCAGUCAUGGCAUCUCCCUCUCUGUCUCAAGUAACCCUGACAUGGGAGCCACCACUGAUGCCUAAUGGAAUAAUCAUAGCAUAUGAGGUUUCCUACAGACAAACAGCUUCCUCAGAGCCUGAGACUAGAGUGAACUCCUCUGCUCUGGCCACUAAUUUCACCACAGAGAGCAACCUUGAGGAGGCCACUGAAUUCAUCUUCUCUGUGAGAGCCUACACCAGAGUGGGACCUGGAAAUGCUACCUCUCUUACUGUGGCUACACUAGGUGCUGAGUCAAUUCCGACUUUAAGAAAGACUGCUGCUAUACUUGGAAUUGGAAGUGGUGUAGCAUUAAUUGGAAUCGUUACUUUUGGAAUUGCCAUUUCCUGGACUGUAUUCAAAAGAUCACAUCGCAGAGCCAAGCCAAGAAUGUACACAGAGGAUAAUCCAGCCUAUGGUGUAACUCUGGGUGUGAGAUACAAACCAUCAAGAAGGACUGAUUCAUCACCUACCCAUACACAAGAGCCUGUGUAUGAUACAAUCAGUUAGUAACAUGACUUCACCUGUAAAUGUUGUGAAUGAUUCAUCACUUAUUGAAGCUGCGUUCAAGUAUAUACUCAGAGUAUAGUAACUUGAACCAUAGAUAAUAUAGCGGAACUAUAUUAUCUAUGGUAUGAG